AUGGGUACUACUAGAUUUAUACAUAUAACAUCACCACCUUCUAAACGAACAAAAGUUGUAAAAGCUUGUGUUUAUUGUAAAUAUCAUCAUCGAAAAUGUUUCAUUCAUCCCGGUGAAACAUAUUGUGGCCAUUGUCUUAGAAAGGGAAUAGAAUGUACUUAUACUGGUGAACUCCCGGUUCAUCUAAGAAAGAAACCAACCGAAAGAUCGACUCGUGACUUUAGAACAAUUCAGAAAUAUAUUAGAGAAGAAAAUGUCUAUGCGUUGAUGUUACCCCGGAAUGACAACCCAAUUGCAACUUCUACUCCAACUCCCAAUUCACCCGCAGGCGCGACAGCAUCCACCAAGGAAUCCACAUCUAAGACAUCCAAAAGCACCAGCAUCAAGAAAUCCGCACAAUUUGUAUGCUCGACCAAUCCAGUCGCGUCGAUCCUCAGUACCGACAAAUUCCUCUGUUUGGACGGAGACACCUUCGGUCUCUACAAUCCUUGGAGAUCAAUAGAAGAAAUGGACGAAUAUAGUGCCAUAACCACCAGUAAUGUCCAUCAAGAAUCAUUCAAACAAUAUCUAUAUUCAAAAACUACUGCUUAUGCCAUGGCUCCCAUGAAUGAACAACGAAGAUUAUUGCAGGUAUUUUUGGAUAGGAUAUAUCCUUUAUAUCCCAUAAUUGACCGUCCGAUUGAAGGGGAGGAUGUGGGUGAAUAUUUAUCGAAUAUGCCGUUCUUGUUAAGAAAUGCGAUUUUUUUGGUGGCGGAAAGGUGUUUGAUGGAUAAUGAAAGAGGAAAAAGAGGUAGUAGUGGAGAAGGGGGUGACGAUGAGGGCGAAAGUGUAAGAAGUCGAUGUCAGACUUUGUACGAUAGGUGUAGAUUGUUGGAAUUGGUUGAGACUGAUAAGAUUGUUCUUAUCCAGUCAUAUUUAUUAAUGUCGAUUCAUGAAGAAGGCGUGAAUGGUGGGUCGUUGGCUAAAGAAUAUGUAAGUAAAGCAUGCGUACUUUGUGGAGAUUUGGCAUUACAUAAUCUAGGUGGGUCCGAUGGGAUGUUUGAAGGUGGUGCAAAACAAAGAGUAUAUAAAGGAAAAGUAUACAAAUAUCCAAUAUUAAAACGAAUCUUUUGGACAGCAUAUUGUUGUGAUCGAUUGGUUGCAUCUACAAGUGGUAGAGAAAUGUAUUUUAAUAACGAAGACGUCCUUAUUGAUGAGCUAUCUCUUGACGAUUUUCAAGUUGGUUUAUUACAAUUGUUUGAUUUUAUGUUUUUAAGAUCAUGGAUUGAAUUGAGUAGAUUUAUUGAAAGGAUUUUGGCAUGUUGUUAUCGUCCUCCAAGUAGAAGAACCAAAGAUGAACUCUUAGAACAAGACUUGUUGAAUUGGAAAUUGCAAGAAGUAUUACCCGGGUUUGAAUUGUCGAAUCUUUUGAAUUUAGUUCAUGCUUAUUGCUGUUUAGUCUAUUUCCGAUGUAAAAUGGAUCCCUUGUCGUUAUUACAAAAAAAGGCGGACACGGUUGAACCGACUCAUAUGGCAUUGAUUGAAAAAUAUUCCCUGGCAAUUGUCAAUACUAAUUUAAAUCAAUUGAAAAUGCAUGUUGUAGGAGUACAUGCAAUAUUACACGUCAUAGCAUUAAUGCAACUUCAACUGCUGGAUAAUGGAGAUGUACCUUACGAUCUACAAAAACUGAUUAGAAAAUCGGGAUUGAAUAUAUUACAUAAAUUGAAAGACAUAUGGUGGUUUGCCGCUAGUAGUUUAAAACUACUAGAAUCAUCAGCACCAGCACCACCUGUCACUCCCUAA